AUGGACGUUGGGCGAUCCAAGCGGGAUGGCAUCGUACGGCUGAGCCUCUCGCCGCAGCUCGCGCUCGGGCCUAGCCUCGCGCAAGUCGUGGCCGCCAUGAAGGCAACGUCGCGCCUCGAAACGCUGCGUGGCGUCGAGGUCUCCGUGGCACGCUGCGCCUUUGGCCUCGACGUCUACGAGAACCUGCUGCCGCACGUUGCGACAACGUUCGCCCACGCAGCGUACGUGCAUCUCGACUUGAGCUACGCGUCGCUGCCAUCUACCGGGCUCGUCUACCUCGUGGAGCAUCUCUUGGCUGUCCAUUUUCACCCGCAUGGUUGCCGCCUGCGGCUGACGCUCACGGGUCUCCGGCUGACGACGGCGGAUGUGGAGGCGCUGCGCCACCUCGCGCCGGUCCUUGACGGCCUGUGUCUGCGCGAAAGCAUCCCUUCCGCCAGCGUCGCGCGCGCAUUCGUCGACAGUCUCGGCGCCUUCUCGGAACUCGUCGUGCUCGACUUGUCCAAGAUGUUUUUCGCGCGCCGGGAUCCCUCUCUCUUUCAGCGGUUCGUCACGCAUGUGACGACGCCGACGCCGCAAACGACGUGCAUCUGGCCUCGCCUGACAUCCCUCUCGCUCGAGCACAACGCGUUCCCAGCGGACGAUGUGGUUGCCCUUCUCUCGGCGCUCCUGUACUCGACGUCGCUGACGCACCUCUCGCUUGCCUACUCGCUGCCACCAGUAGACACGAACCUCGGCGCGUGGCUCCUUCGCACAAUCUUGCGCAACCCGUCAUCCUCUAUCCGGUCGCUCAACUUGGCAGGUCUUUCGCUCCAGCAUGAUAUCGCAUCGACCUUGGCAACUGCUCGCCCCGACCAGCUCUGGCUCCUGGCGUCGCCGCCUCUGAUGCCUGUGAACAUUCCCGACGGCGCCUUCGUCGCCUUGCCGCGCAGCGUGGUUGUACAUGGGUCGAUGACGUCGUCGGCGCCGCUGUCUCUGAAACUGCGUCCAUCGAUCGUCCAAGUCAUCGGAUCGACGCCGACGUCCAUGGCCGUGCUCCUGCCAGGUCACGGCGUCGGGUUCAUUGACCGCGACGCAGUGGGUGACGCAUCAACCAUGAGAGAUGUAUCAACCACGGGGUGCCUAAGCGAGCUCGUGCUGGACGACCUCAAGCCGCAUGGCAUCUUGCCUCCGCUCUUGCACCUCCUUCGGGUGCCGGCAGAAUUGAGCUCGCUGCGACUGCGCCGGUACCGGGCAACGGCAACCGAAAUCGAAGCCCUUGUCGACGUUUGCAGCGGGCUGCGGGCGCUCGACCUCAAGGCGUGCCGUCUCAACGACGUGACCGUGCUCCUGCCUGCCUUGCCGCACCUCGAGCAGCUGAAUUUGUACAAAAAUCUCAUUGGCGCCGUCGGAGCCGUGCGCCUGGCACGGGCGCUCGAGACUGCACCAGUGCUGCGAUCGCUCAACGUGGCACGCAACCUCAUCGGUGAGCUAGGUCUCGCGGCCCUCGCAGUGGCGCUCGAGACCAACCGGACGCUCGAGCACAUCACGUUGGAUGAUUUGUCCCUUGAGGCACGGUUCGGCAACGUACUGUUGCGCGUCGAGCCAUUGACGAUGGAGGCCAGGUGGGCGUGUGUUCAAGCACUGACGUGGCGCCACCAGCGCAGUGCGACCAGCACCCAUGCAGUGACGGUCUACAGCCAGCUGCUCGACCCGACGUUGAUGCAGCACAUAUUUGGCUAUGCCAGCCAAGCGAUAUGUCGGACGAUUUCCCAACGCCCUUGAUGCAUGCUGUGCAAGCACAGGACCCGGGAUGCAACCCUAUCCCUAAGUGUAUCGCCAUCGCCAAAUUUAAACUUUCUCGC